AUGGAAAAAAAAUUGCAAUCAAUGAUGAAGAGUAAUUCAUCAACUAAAAUAGCCAUUCAAGAAAGUGCACAAAAUUCUAGCUUUGAUGUUGAGGCAGAUAGUACUUUAUUGAUAAAUAAUCAGAUCUCUAAUGAUUCUAGCGAUCUCAUACCCAUACAACAUACUGACUCUCUUUUAGAUGAAUAUUCUAACUCUGAUGAAGAAAACGAUGAGCAGGAUUUUGAUACAGCUUUAACUUUAUUGCAUGAGGUAAAAGAAACAAGUCAAUCUACUAACAAGCAUCAGUUCAAAAUAAAUACGAAGUUUAAAGCUGCAAAGAAAGUUAAGACAAAUGAACGAUUUGAUAAGUCAGCAGAAGAUAAAGGUGAUGAAUGUGGGAAUAUUCAAAUAAGCCAGCAAAACAAUAUAAUUGUUAUGCAUGAAUGUGAUAGGCUUCAAAGUUCUAAUAAGAUGGUGAACCUUUCACAAACAUCAAAUAAUCCAGAGUUUGGUGAGGAAAUCGAUGCCUUAUUACCUAACUCUUAUUCAUCAAUCAAUGUUACUAUCAGUACUUUACAAGCAGUUGGCAUCAAUAAUAAAAUUUCAAUUGAUAACGAAUGCAUUGCUAAUAAGCAGCAAGCUGAAAAUAAUGGAAAAUUGAUUGAACCUAUACUCAGUACUCAGUCGAUACUGAUUAUAAGCUUAUUGAAAAAAGCUUAA